GGCCGCCGCACCCGGAAGCGGCGCCGGGCGCGUCGCGGAAAAAAAAUUCCAGGAAAAACUGGGAUUGGAAUUCCAGAGAGGAUGGGAAAAAAACCAAUUAAAAGAAAUCAAUUCCAAAUAAAUUGUAAUUCCAGAGGAGCCUUGGGAAGAGGAAGAAAAGGAGGAGGAGGAGGAGGAAUCCCGGGAUGAGGCCGGAUCCCAUGGAAGCUUCCGGAAUUCCGGGGAUUUUCCUGGACUGGCUGUGCCCGGAAUUCCCGGCGGGAUCGGGAGCUCUGGCCUGAAUCUCACCUGGAGCUGAGAGAAUUCCCAAGGAAUUCCUGCUGGGAUCAGAGAAUUCCCAUUCAAUUCCCACCUGGAAUCAGAAAAUUCGGACUGAAUUCCCAGUGGGGUCAGAGAAUUCCCACCAAAUUCCCAGUGGGAUCAGAGAAUUCCCUUUCCAUUCCCACUUGGAUCAGAGAACUCCUGUUAAUUCCCACCUGGAACCAGAGAAUUCCCAUUAAUUCCCAUUAAUUCCUACCUGGAUCAGAGAAUUCCUGCCUGGAUAAGAGAAUUCCCACUGAAUUCCCACCUGGAUCAGAGAAUUCCCGGAGAAUUCCUGUCGACAUCAGAGCAUUCUCACCUGGAUUAGAGAAUUCCCACCCGGAAUCGGAGAAUUUUGGCCUGGAACCACCAAAUUCCUGUUAAAUCCUCCUGGAACCAGAGAAUUCCCACCGAAUUCCCACUGUGGCCAGAGAAUUCCCGCCUGGAUCUCAAAAUUCCCACCUGGAACCAGACAAUUCCUGCCUCGAAUCAGAGAAUUCCCACCAAAUUCCCAUCUGGAACCAGAGAAUUCCUGCUGAAUUUCCACCUGGAUCAGAGAAUUCCCACAGAAUUCCCACCAGGAUAAGAGAACUCCCAUUCAUUUCUGCCUGGAACCACCAAAUUCCCACCUGGAUCAGAGAAUUCCCACUGGGAUCAGAGAUUUCCCACCUGCAACCAGAGAAUUCCUACUGAAUUCCCACCUGGAACCAGAGAAUUCCUGUUAAUUCCCACCUGGAUCAGAGAAUUCCUGUUAAAUUCACCUGGACCCAGAGAAUUCCCACCGAAUUCCCACCUGGAUCACAGAAUUCCCUCUGGGAUCAGAGAAUUCCAACUGGGAACCAGAGAAUUCCCACCUGGAACCACCGAACUCCUGUGAAUUCCUGCCUGGGAUCGUUCCCACUCCGUUCCCGGUGUCCGGAAUCGUUCCCGUGGCUCCGAGCGUUCCCGGUCUCCAUUCCCGUGGCUCCGAGCGUUCCCGGUCUCCAGAAUCGUUCCUGUGGCUCCGAGCAUUCCUGAUCUCUGUUCCCAGCGUCCGGGGUCUCUCCCGGUCUCCGUUCCCGUGGCUCCGAGCGUUCCCGGUGUCCGGAGUCGUGCCCGUGGCUCCGAGCGUUCCCAGUGUCCGGAAUCGUUCCCGUGGCUCCGAGCGUUCCCGGUGUCCGGAGUCGUGCCCGUGGCUCCGAGCGUUCCCAGUGUCCGGAAUCGUUCCCGUGGCUCUGAGCAUUCCCGGUGUCCGGAGUCGUUCCCGUGGCUCCGAGCGUUCCCGGUCUCCGGAAUCGUUCCCGUGGCUCUGAGCGUUCCCGGUCUCCGUGCCCGUGGCUCUGAGCAUUCCCAGUGUCCGGAAUCGUUCCCGGUGUCCGGAAUCUCUCCCGUGGCUCCGAGCGUUCCCGGUGUCCGUGCCCGUGGCGCUCUCCGGGGCGGCUCCGUGCCCGGGGGUCCCGCGGGGGCUCCCGGGGCCGUGCCCGGGCUCGCUGCGCUCGCGCGCCAUGAUGGAGAGCCGCCUGCGCCGGCUGGCGGCGGCGCUGCUGGAGGCGAGCGCGGAGGCGGAGCCCGAGGUGCGGGAGCAGCUGCGGGAGGCGCUGAGCGGCCUCGGCGCCGCCGAGCCUGAGGAGCUGCUGCUCUGCUGCGGGGACUACCUCCGGGACAACGACAAGCUGCCGGCCCCGCAGCGGGCGCUGAUCCUGCUCUCCAUGGGCGCCGUGGUUCGCCGGCACCUCUCGGAGCUGGGUCCGGGCGCGGCCGCCGCCACCAUCGCCCUGGCAGCGCAGGAGAUGGCCCGGGCCAAGGAGGCGCAGUGGGAGUGGCAGGCGGCGGCCGCGGCGCUGCUGGUGGAGCUGGGCCGGCGCUUCCUGAGCCGCGUCAUGGAGGAGCUGCUGCGGCACUUCCCGCCCGCCGCGCUGCCCCGGCCCGGCGUGCUGCGCGCCCUCGCCGACCUCGCCUGCGCCAACGUUUUCGGGAUGGUUCCAUUCCUGAGCUCCAUCCUGGGGACGCUGCUGCCCCUGCUGGGGACGGCCCGGACGGAUUCCAUGAAAUGCACCCUCUGCUACGCCCUGCAGCGUUUCAGCGAGAGCAUCCAGGAGUACCUGGCGGGGCAGGAGCAGCGCCCCGACCCCACGAUCCGCGGGGAUGCCUUCGCGCCCGAGCUGGGGGCCGCCUUCGAGACCCUGAGCCUGCAGUGGGCACAGAGCCGGGAGGGGAAGGUGCGCCUGGCCGUGCUGGAGGCGCUGGGCCCCAUGAGCUCCCUGCUGGCCCCCGAGCAGCUGCAGGAGCAGCUCCCGCGGCUGCUGCCCGCCGUGCUGGGGCUCUACAGGAGGCACCCGGAGCCCUUCCCCAUCUCCAAGAGCCUGUGCCAGCUGCUGGAGGCGUGGGCGGCGCGGGGCAGCCGCGCGCUGGAGCCGCACCUGGAGCCGCUGCUGGGGGCGCUGCUGGCCCAGAUGUGUGCUCCAGCUGAUCCCAACAUCCCCACGAGCAGCAAGAACCACACGGAGCUGCUGCGCUGCUUCUCCGUCCUGGCGGGUCCGUUCCCGGAGCGCCUGGUGCAGUGGCUGCUGCCGCGCCUGGAGAGCGGCCCCGAGCGGCACCGCCAGGGGGCGCUGCUGCUGCUGCUGCCACCUCCUCAACAGCCACCCUUCCCAGAUGGAAAUGCAGAAAGCUUCCAUCCUCUCUGCCCUGAAAGUUCCCCUGCAGGACGGGAGCCCCAAGGUGCGGCGUGCCCUGGUGCAGCUGAUCAGUGCCCUGGCCCACCACGGGCACCUGCAGCAGCCGGGGGCCGAGGCUCUGCUGGAGUUCCUGGUGCACCAGUGCGCCCUGCCCUCGGACCAGCCCCCCGGAAUUCCAGAGGAAAAUCCCGAGGAUCCCACGAGCGACGACGUCCGGAGCGUCAGCGUCAGCACCCUGCUCCUGCUCAGCAGCACCGUGCCCGGGAUUACCCACGUGAGAGCCCAAAAAUCCCAAAAAAUAAAAAAAAUAGAAAUUCUGGGAAUAAAAUCCCCAAAUUCCCCAAAAAUCCCAAAAUCCUGGGCGAUUUCAGCCCAAAAUUCCCAUCCCGAGGGGUUCCCUGCUCCUGCUCAGCAGCACCGUGCCCGGGAUUACCCACGGGAGAGCCCAAAAUUCCCAAAAAAAAUAGAAAUUCUACAAUUCCCAAAGAGAAAAAAUCCCAAAAUUCCCAAUUCUGG